UCGUCCUUCCCCAUCUGUUAGGCUCUGGUGAGACCUAUGGGUGAGACACUGAUUGAAACCGAUGGUGACGCUCCCCGGGUCGCAAUGGCAACUAGCCGAACAGGAGAAGCAUAGCAACUUUUUUUUCAUUUGUAAUGUUCCGGAAUACUCUAAAGUCGCUGAAAAAAUUACUUUCUAAUGUGAGGAAGAAACGUUAUACACUUUUACUGGUCCGAAAAUGUCCCAGGGAUGUACAGUUUCUGUGGAAGAGAUCCAGUCUUGGUGGGAAGUCCCCGCCAUAGCCCAUUUCUGCUCGCUGUUCAGGACGGCGUUCAAGCUUCCAGACUUUGAAAUAGAGGAGCUUGAGAAGGCCUUGUUAGAGCAGAAUUUUGGCUUCCUUGGUGACCUCAUCACCCGUUUGUUACAAGGAUGUUACCAACGCAGAGACAUCACCCCUCAGACAUCCAACAGUUACCUGGAGGACAUCAUCAGCUACCGAUGGGAACUAGAAGAAGGGAAGGCCAACCCACUUCACGAGGGUCCGUUUGAGAGCCUUCCACCUCGCACUCAGGUGGAGCUGCUGCAUCGGCUCUGUGACUACCGUCUGGAUGCUGCUGAUGUCUUUGACCUCCUUAAGGGGCUGGAUGCAGAUAGCCUCAGGGUGGAGCCCCUGGGGCAGGAUGGGAAUGGAGCCCUCUACUGGUACUUUUAUGGCACUCGGAUGUACAAAGAAGAGCCACCUCAGAGAAAGGAAGAGCAGUUUGGGGAAACUGCUGACCUGUCUUUACCAGAGAGGAAAAAAAGGGGAAGACCACCAAAGAAGAGAAAGUUUGAAGACUAUUGUUUCAGUGAUGGUGAAGGUGAAGCGACAGAGGUGAAUACAGAAAAUGGACUGGAUGAUGAUCCUCCAACCUCAGCAGGUCAUAGGCGAGGUGCUUGGUCCCUUGUGUGUGAUUCGGAGGAACAGUGGAUCAGUCUGGCAGAGCGCAUCAAGGACAAAAGUUCCCCACAGGACCGCCACCUCUACCGUGUCAUCAGCCAAAACUUCCUGCCUGAGAUCAGCAGCAUGAUUGAACACAAGGAGCGGGAGCAGAAACAGAAGCUCUUGGAUCCGGUUCCUGUUGGCACAUCUCAGCGCUUCUCUGAAAAUCCCAUAAAACAAGAGAUGGAGGACAAUCUAAAUCCCAGAUCAGAGGAAGAGAGGAAGAAAGAUGAAGAGCUGGACAGGCAGGUUCUGCUGGCUGAGCAGCGACGGGAAGAGGAAAGGCUCCAGCAGGAAGAACGUCAGAGGGAGAGGCUGGAAAAGAUUAAAGCUGUAGAAGAACGAGCAAAGAGACGGAAGAUGCGCGAGGAAAGGGCCUGGUUACUGUCUCAGGGCAAAGACCUGCCCCCCGAGCUGCUGAACCUCGAGCCUCCGUCUCCCAUCCACAGAACCCGCAAGAAUAAAGAUUUUUAUGAUGUUGACGAUGAUUACACUGCUCUUUAUAAAGUUCUCGAGGCGCUGAAAGCUCAUAAAGAUGCUUGGCCUUUCUUGGAGCCUGUUGAUGACUCUUACGCUCCCAAUUACCAUGAAAUCAUCCAGACUCCCAUGGAUCUGUCCACCAUCGAAAAGAAACUGAACGAUGGGGACUACGUUGCCAAGGAAGAGCUUGUUGCUGAUGUGAAGCUCAUGUUUGAGAACUGCGUGGAGUAUAAUGGAGAGGACAGCGAAUACACCGUGAUGGCAGAGUCUCUGAAGCGGUGCUUUAACCGGGCCUUGUUGAAACACUUCCCGUCAGAGGAUGGCGACACGGACGAAGAGUUUCACAUCAGCAGAGAGGACAAGGAACGCAAAGACAAAAAACGGAAUCGUAACCAUAAAAGUUUGGGACCUGAAAGCUUGGUCAGAGCUACGGAGCAAGUCCAACGCAAGCGAAGCUCACAGGGAGGCAAAGGCAGCACACGGUCCGAGGAAGAGGACACCAGGCGAGCACGAGCACCCCUCCCCUCUCACUGGAGCAAUGGGCCGGCUCUUCCGAACCAGCAGCAUCCUCAUGAGGGAGGCUUCAGGGGCAUGUACCAUCCAGGACAGCAGUUUUGUCCUCCCACUGGUUCUAAUGGUCCUCAGAUGUAUGCCCAAAGAGUGCCAAUGGAUCCUCGCUUUGCCUACCCAGUUCACAUUCCAAGGCACGGAGAGCCCAGCUUCAGCCACCUGCCUCACAGUUACAACAUGCAGCAUCGAAUGGUUGAAGCUCAUCACAUGAGCUCCAGGUAUCCAGUUGGACCGUAUCCUAGCCAACAACCUCAACGGCAGCCCACUUACGUGGGUCCGACUCACGGCCCUUCCCUGGGUCCACGUCCUAUGGCCCUUCAUCCUGGGCCGCCUCCUGAAGCCAGCAUGUAUCCAUCCCACCACCGUCCAGAGGGCCCCUCCAUGCAGCCGAUGCCCAACAGAUUCUCAAGGCCAGAGGGACCAGCUCAGCACAGCUACCCUGGCGUCAGGCCUCCAGCUAUGGGCAUAUCAAACAUGUGGCCUGGUAUGAGUCACCACGGCCAGGACCGACUGGAUGGCAUGCGUAUGCAGGAUCCCAGCAUUAUGAACCAGCACAGCUUCAGUUAUGGUGGCAUCCCCCCUCCAGUGGGCCAUAAACCUUGGCCGGAAGCUGCUGGAUACCCCCAACACCCUUCUAGUUCUCACUAUCAAAUGUCUGCUGCAGCCAGCUCUCUGGGGCCCCUGUCCUCACGGGCCCCUGUCCCCCAGCCAGACUCCUCUGGCAGGACGCUUUUGUCUUCAAUGCUGGAAAGUCCAGAGAUGUUGGCCCUACAGCAGCUGUCAGCCUCUUCUGGACCGCCUGCUGGUGCCCCUCUUCAGCACUCGGGCAACUCUGAGCAGCCAGGGCCCCCAUCAGGACUUCACUCCUCCAAGCAGCCCCCUCCUACCCAUGAGUUUCAGCUGCUGCAUCCUGCCGGAGACAAAGGGCCAGACCAACUUUCCCCACAGCAGGCCGACCCGGACCCCAAAGUCUCCACAUCUGAGAACAAGAUGGCAGCCAGCAUCUCUAAUGAAGCUUCCUUACACAAACACGGCUCUUCAGUCAUCAAGGAAGCCCCUAGCACCACGGGACGGUUCAGCUCACCAGCAGAGGGGAUGCACACCCCUCUGGCCUUAGAUGUGAGCAGAUCACAGGAGGAGACGUUUGGACAAGAGCUCACAAAGACUUCAUCUCAGAGCAUCGAGCAGGAGUUUGAUGCUCAGAGUAACCGCGCCACUACUGCUGUAGCCCAUGUGAGCAUCACCAGCUCCACUGAACCUGCUCCACACGACGGCCCACAGCACAACACUCAGAGUCCUGCACGCUUUCCACAGAACUUACGGCCACUCUGUGCUUCUGAGUGUCAGAGUUCCUCUCAGCAGGUGUCGGAGAACAAGCAGGACCAGCAAAAGCAACAACCGCAUAUUCGACCUAUGAUCUCACCUGAGAGCCCAACCCAGCAGAUGAUCCCUAAUGCAGAGAGUCACCCUGGACCUUCUCAGAGCAACCCCUUUCAGGGGGUGUCACAGAGCAUCACCCAUGGAGCUCAGCCUGCCCCUCUCACCUCUUUGCCACCCAGUCAUCCUUCUCCAUUAUUACCCUCCCAACCCAGCCCUGCAGAGCUCGGAGAUCAGAGACCAAGUGAGCCCACAAGUGGGCCCAAAUCGGAGGGCCCAGCCAUUUCUCCUCGGCCUACCAUGAUGUCACCUGGACCUCCUGUUAAUUAUAAACACCAAGCUCUUGGUCCAAACCCUAAUCUAGCCCAGUUGAUGGGUCUCCAGGCUCAGAGAGGGUCGUCACAUAGUCACCAUCCAGCUGGGCCUCCUCACUCUCAAGGUCAGGCCAAUGGAACAUUGGGUCAGUAUGGCAUGGAGAGUCCUCUACACCCACACUACACCCAGACGAGCAUGAGCAGACCCAUGCCACCGUCUGCUCAACACCCCUAUCACAACCAGCAUGUCAACAACCACCCCAGCCUCCAACAGCAGGGGGGGCAUGCCUACACCUACCAAGUACCGGGACAGCAGCACCCACAAGCUCUGAGACAUAUUUACCAACCACACCAGCACCAGCAGCAAGUCUACUACACACAGCCCCACACCCAAGCUCAGCCCCUCAACCAGACUGUUAGCAGAGGGGCUUACCCUCCCAAAGAGUGGCAGCGGCCUCCUUAUCAGCCUGUCCCAUACCUGCCUGUGGCCAGUGCACGCUCCACCCAUCAGUCAAAAGACAGCAGCAUGUCGCCACUGGGUUCGGAGGGCUCUGCCGGUCCUGGUCUGCUGUCUGAAGUAGGAGCACCCUCUGGAGGCUCAGAGGAAGAGAGGUGUGAAGGCAGCCGCAGCCCUGCUAAGCUGGCUCCUACUGAGGGCUCAGAGCAGCCCGAGUCUCCUAAAGAAAUCCUGGACCUCGAUAGUCACAAUGCAGCCGCCCGCCACCGGAGCCUGCAGCCCCUUCAUCCGCCUCCAUCGGGAUUCAUGUAUGACCCUCGAGCCUUGCAUCCUGGGAUGCAGCAAGGCGGCGUCCCACCUCCACACGCGAUGUCGCAGGGCUGUGGAAUUGGAAAUGGAAUACCUUAUCCAGGCCAGCCAUACCCAGAUCCACGCCGCUAUGCUACCCAGAGACCCCAUCCACACCUGAUGGAAGCCCUGCAGCGGCCCCAGCAGCUGCCCUACUCUCCAGGUCAGACACGCAUGACCAUGUUCAGGCCCCCCCGACCCGGUGGGCACUUCCAGGGCAUGAUGGUUCAACAGAGAGGCCUGGGGCCAGAGGCUUUCUCACAGCCAGGACAGGUGAUGGCUGCACCAGGAGGCUCUGGAGACGCACGAGGACUGUGAAAAGACCCGUCCUUUACUAGAUAGUAAUGUGUGUCUGUAAUACUGUAUUUGGUGGCUGCUUUGUGCAUUCUGGAUCUCUGCAAGGCUCAAGUAGCUGAACUGUCCCUCCUCAGAUGAAUCAGCAAACAUCUGGCAGAAUCAGGAAGCCAGCCACAUGCGGACCUUCUGUUUGCCAGCGUUGCCCACUGCUGCUCUCGAACACUCAACCAGGCAGCUGAUUUUAAAAGAAAAUGUGAAACGCUUCUGAGCUCUGCAGAUCAAGCUUCAGCCUCCUCGUGUCGGUGUGGGCGAGAACCGUGGGGAACGUUGCCUUCAACAACACUGGACAGCCAGAGGAUGGACGGCUUAACGCCCACUGGUCACCAUCUUGUUCAUGUGACCCUGGACUGUGACAAGACAGGAAGUCUUUUACUGCUUUCUAUCCUUUAAACUCAGGUGUGGAGGAUGAGGUGAGCCUUGUUCCUGUUGUGAAUGUAUGAGUGAACGUGUAGACAAUACCUGCAGCAUCAACCGUCCACUUCCACCAUAACUAACGUUUCUCAAGUUGAGUAAACAACAACAACAACAACAACAACAUAUGCAUCUUUCAGAGCUGCCUUCUUUUUAGAGAAUGUUGUGGCAGAGAAGGACGCCAUGAUGAAGCGUCUUGUAUUCAAACGUUCCUGAUUCUCUCUCCUGCACUAUGGAUCUAGUCAUUCUGGACAUCCUGAAAUCGCGUGGCCUUCUUGUUAGUCUGUAAACGUAGAAAUGUAUGAAAACUGUAUAUAAAUGCCAACCUCAUACUGCUGAGGUCCGCCGUGGAGGAGGAGGAUCGUAAUUCUGGUUUUGAUGUCCCACUUCCUGGUCCGUUGCACACGAGCAGAUCAAACACGAAUCUCUUCCACUAGAUUUCUUUUUAAUGUGGACGCUUGUUGCAUUCCUCCCACCUGUCUCUCUUACAGGUGUGUUUGAUGUGGUUCCUCCUAAUGCUGAUGCUAGGUUAUCCUCAGGGUGUACACUAGAUACGGGUAUUGAGUCAUUUGCAGCAGCAGCAGCAUAUUUAAACUGGAAGAUGCUGGUUAUUAAAUGUCCCUUCUCACUGUCGUUAAUGGGCAGGUCGGCACAAAGCUGCCUGGUUUUUGAAUGUGUGUGUGUGUGUGUGUGUGUGUGUGUGUGUGUUUUUCCUAAGAUCAAAAUGAAUUUACUGUUCGUUUCAUCUCAUUCCCCUCUUUAUGCAUUUGUCCCAAACUGGUGGUGACCAGUCGCCACUAGAAAAGGUUUUAACAGCCAUUACAUUUGGUUUAACCCUUCCCUCGUCCUGCUCCCGUGUAGUUAUGACAACAGCAACACGAAUCUACCUCAUACAGCUGCUGUAUGGCAUCUACCAACAACCCCACUGCCUGACUUCAGAUCGCUCGAUUUUGUUUAGGACCCUCUUUACGGUGUCGGCUUACAGAAAUAAUCAUAAAGAGCCCCAAAAUGUUUAUCUGGGAGGGGAAUAUGAUGUUGAUCAUUCAAUGUGGAUGUUGUAUUUAUAAAACGGUCCAGCGCGGGUCUCCUUCAGCUCGUUAGACUAACGAGUCCAUUCACAUGUCCUUAAUGAGCCACAGUCACCAUAACAGUGUCCUUAGGGUUAGAAAUGCAUCACAUUAUAAGGAAAUGACAGAAAAAGGGCAGUUUUUGUAAAUGUUGCACAAGAGUUGGUGUAAACAUGAUAUGUUGUCAAAAAUAGAAUUACCGGGAUUGUUAAAGAGUCUGGUGGAGCCACGAUAACGGCGGUGUUCGUUCAUGCUGAGGACGGCUGUCUUUAGAUCCCAGAGCUGGUGAUUUUUGUCUGUGUGUGUGUGUGUGUGUGUGUGUGUGUGUGUGUGUGUGUGUGUAGUCGGCACCAUUCGUUUGUUCAGUUCUCACUUUUACUCUACUGUCAUUUCUCUGCACUAGUAAAAGAAAACUUUUAGGUGAUUUAAUGUGAAUCAUAUUUAUUUGCUCUUUUGAAAAUGUUUGUACAUUUUUUGACUUGUUUUAAUAUAAAUUUGGUGUCUUUCUCUUGAUGUUUUUGUUUAAACAGUUCUUUACCUCAGUAGCAUGGGGGAAUUGGGGAAAAAGCAAGACCUUUCAUUUUAAAGCGACGUUUACAUGUUCUCAUCUGACUGACAGAUUAUUGUCAAUGCUGUCUUAGAAAUAAAUACAGUUUCUCUCAAGCAAGAA